AUGGGCUCCUAUAAAUCAUGCCAAGACCGCGCUGGUAGCGGCGGCAGUUCCAGUUCGACGGAUACUGAUGCAUCGGUGCAUUCGAAAAGUACUGCACCCACGGUAGCCAGUGCUCAUACAACCUGCGCAAUCAAGCAGCAGGACUGGCUAGAAUUUGAGGACGAUGGCCCGCGCGACUCGGUUUCAACAUAUGCAUCCACCACUCGAUCCCUGGCCGAUCCGCCAGAAGAGCCCCGCUAUGAAGUCGAUGAGCGACAGGAGACAUUCCCAACAGAUGCGCUUGCAACCACACCCUCAUCAUUCGCAGGCCUAUUCCCCUCAUCUCAGGCGGUUGCUCAUCCACGGCAACAUGAACCUCCGCGUCGACACCAUCGUCCCCGCCGAGGUGGAUAUCAACAAGACGUAACCCUCUUCCAUCUCCGCAUGUAUGACCUAUUCUCCCGAAAGUUCUCCCUCCGCCGCUACUGCCGUGACUCAGGCCGCGAAGUAUUCCACUCCUCUCGAAAAGAAGUCCCCCCACCUAGUGCAACCGACUCCCGCCCAAUCCUUCGCCGCUCAUGGAGUAGUGUUCUCGCCAGUCUCCGCCCAACCUCAACAUCUCACGGCCCCGCCGAACCAGCCCUCCAGCGCCAAGCGUCAUCCAUCUCAGCCAACUCCGACAUUGGCGAAGAGGAGCCUUGCAAAAGCGACAAAAGACUAUCCGAUUCAAUCCUCCUCGAAUUCUCCAAUUACGCUCACGUAGACCUUAGACGCCGCGGGCCGGGAACCGCAAAGCGAUACGAAUUUGAAUACUGGUCGACGAAAUACCAAUGGCGUCGCGAGUUUCGCAAAGAAGGCGAUCUUCGCGAAGUCUCAUACUACCUCGUCGACACCCGCACAUCCCGCACAAUCGCCCACCUGGUUCCUGAAAUCCUCACCCCGCUCGAAGCAGUCGAGGAAGAAAGUAAAGGUGGCUGGGUCCCGCCGUGCUCGAUGUGGAUCAAUGAUACCUCCGUGUACGAGCGGAUGCCUGAUGUUGCCGACGUAAUCGUCGCUACGGGGCUAGUGUCUCUCGUGGACGAUUGUAUUCGUCGACGCUGGCAUGGCGCCCGUCGCGUUCCAUGGAUCUCCCCCGCACGUUCCUCUUUUUCCAAGGGCCUUGAGACAGCGCGCUUAGGCCCACGUCGUCUGAUCGGCGAGGUCUUGCAGCGUCGGGGAUCCGCGUAA